AUGGGGACAGCAAAGUGUGAGGAGCAAAAAAACAAAUCACUGCUUCCAAGUGUUGCAGCUUUUUUGAAGGGACAUAGUCUCAUGCAGCCGCUUCAGGUCUGCCUGUUAGGUUCCUCGUUUGCCAUGCAGAGAUUUGGAUACAGUCCCGAUGCCGUUUCAACGUUUGUCGGAACGUGCCACACGGCAAUGGAAAUCUUCUAUCUCUUUUCGGCUCUGAGCACAUUUGGAAUACUUACAGCGCUUAGGAGUAUAUGGAAACUGCACGCUGACGAAUAUGCGGCAUAUGGGUGUGUUUGCUCUGCAUGGGUUAUUGUUAUUGUCAACGUAUUCCUGCUCAAGGCAUUCGCUCUAGGAAAGAGUAAUGAAACUAUUGCUUUAUACUUCUGGAUGCUAAUUGCUGCCAACUGUGUUGCAGGUAUUGACGAUAUGUUCAUGUUUACAGUUGCUUCCGAUGACGUUUCGUCAUACGAUCUAGGUGCAUCGUUCACCGGCAUUGUAGUCGGUCUUUUCCACUGGUGCGCCCUUAUAACGCUGAAGAAACGAAAUAUGGAUGUAAACUAUUGGCUUAUAUUUUACCAACUAGUGGCGAUAUUGUCGCUUUCUCUAGGUACUGCAGUAGUUUGGACAUGGUACACCUUUAAAGGAGGGUUGCUAGACAAAAUCAAGAAGAAGGGUAAGUCUCAAGCUGCUUCUAAAGGCUCAGAGAACAUCAAAGAGGAUCAAACUUUUUUGCAGGCUUACUGGGCGACGUUCGCCAUGACUUUGAUGAGCUCUAUAGGCUACGGGUUUAUAUACGUCAUAUAUCCUCUUAUAUCGCCGUUUGAAAUGGUGGAAUUCGAGCACCAGCAUCCAAUACAAACUGCUUGCCUGGUCAUACACGCUGUCUCCGGGAUCUUAGUUUGGAUUCUAGACAAGCAUUGCAACUUGGGCAAAAAGUGGGUAGGGCCUCUCGCAUAUUACCAUUUCAUAUGGCUUCUUGCCAUCCCAUUUUUUGGUAUUGGAAUAAUGUAUAUACGCAUCAUGCAUUAUCCUAAAUCACUUAUCGCAAGAGGCGUGCGCAUGAAACCCGUGCUCGUAGGGUUUCUCACGGUGAUAUACUACUUCUCGGGGCGUUUCUUCAUUGGAGCUGCAUGUGCAGCCAUCGAUGGAAACGCUAAAGUAGCUGAUGCUAAAGCGUCUAAUGCCUCACAAUCUGAUUGUGAAAACACGAAUUCCGGAGCAUCUGAUUCUGCAGGUUCAUCUGGCAUUUCUCAGGCUGGCUCAAGUUCAGAAUCAGCCGAAACUUCUAAAAAAUCCGACCACGCUUCAACAAUAUCUAGCAUGAACCUGGCGCUUAAUCUGCUGGUCCUCAACAUUGUCAAGUACAUAUCGGAAGCCUACAUUGAGCAUUUCAGAGAAUCAAGGGAAGAGUUCGAAUAUGGUGAGCCGUGGCCAACGGAAGGCAUGGGAGAGCGCGAAGCAUUCUUCUACUGGCUUAAGGAGGGCGCUGUCCUGGGAUUCAAGAAUUUCAGAAAACUGGCCGUUCAGAAUAUCAAAGCAAAACUCGCACCGUAUAUUCAAACAUAA